AUGAAUGAGAGUAAAGGAAAUGAUGUCAGUAAUGGCCCUGAAGCUGAAAAUAAAAGGGACAGUUCUAGGGCAGACCUUGGUGCCAGUUUUAACGAGCAAUAUAUGAAUAUCAACACCAAAAUGAAAAAACGGUUUAUGCGGAAGCCCAAUGUAUCGGAGGCAACAAAUGAGUUCAUAGCUCUGGCGAUCCAAUGCGAGCAUUCUGACCAGCCAGCAUUCGCAGGGCACGCCUAUGUCGGCGCAGCUAAGUGUGAAGCUUCUGUAGGUCACUUCUUAGGUGAAGCGGAACAUUUCUUAGCGGCAGCUCGACAAUUCAUGAAGGCUGAAAAGAAACUCAAGUCUCUGAAAUUUUAUAGUGCUGACAGAGAAAAUUUGGAGGCAGCUACAGGAUGUUAUAUUCAGGCACUGAAUAAAUAUCCAGACAAGUCUCCAAUAAGAACAUCUAUACUGAUGGAGCUGGCCAGCGACCUGGUGGAACUGAACCAUAAAUUGGAAGCAGCUGCAUACUAUGAACAGGCUCUUGAAACUGUCACGGAAAGCACUAUGAAGACUAUUUGUUUGAAAAACCUGCUCAGUUUGAGGAUAGACAGUAAAUAUGACAUUGCUUUAGAGAUAGCUAACAAGAUAGUUGAUGGUCCUAAUGCAAAUGUACCUGAAGAUGUUCUUGCAGAAGUCCAAGUGAGCAGGAUACUGCUGACCCUUCUAGUGAAGCCACCAGAAGAAAGCAAGCCACCAUCUUUGAAACAACUAUUCAUAGAUUUAAUGAAUGACAAUGAAAGUGAUGCAAUUCCUCUGAAUACAGAUUUGAAGUUGAAACUCCAGUCAAUAAUAAUCUGCCAUGCGACAGGAGAUACUCAGCCACUAAUCAGUGUAUCAGCAGACACCAAGCAGUUCCUGACCCUGCAGCAAGUUGAAUUAUUGCACAAAUUGAUAUCAGAUGAAAGAGGUUAA